CCACAAACAAAUCAAAAUAUUCAUUAAACACGAACGAGAAAUAUUCAACAGACUAUGACGGUGGAAUCCGAAAAAGUAUUCAAAACUCAAAACAAGUUUCUAGUUAAAAGCGGCUGUAAAAAGCGUAUGUGGAGAUCAUUGAAACAAAUACUAACCGCCGAAAGAGCUUUACCAUGGCCUAAUGACGCAGUUUUAUUUUACUCUAUAAACGCGCCACCAACGUUUAAACCUACCAAAAAGUAUUCUGACAUAUCAGGACUUCCAGCCCCUUACGUAGAUCGACAUUCGAAGCUCUUCUACAGCAACGCUGAGGAGUUUGCGACUGUGCGAAAUUUACCCAUGGACAUAACGGCAGGAUACCUUCAACUUCGAGGUGCAAACACUGUAGUAGGAUAGAUAAAGGAAGGAAGAAGGAGAUAGUUUGAAAGUUUAUUUCUUUCGUGAAAAUGUCUUUAUGAUGGUUAGUUUCUAUAAUUUUGAGAACUAGCACUAUAGAGAGGACACAAGAAAGUUACAAAAUCACAUUCUUUUGAAGAUGGAGCAGCAGCAGAACUGAAAAGUUAGUAGAAUGGCAAGAAGUCCUUAUACUUUGAGGCUGGUGACAUGAAGAAAACUGAUAAGUAACUUAUAGCAGUUUGUCUAAAUUGGUACUCAUCAAAAUAAUAUUAAAAAAAAAAAAAACAGAUAGAACUGGGAUAAUAAUAUACUUUGUACAAAUGAAAACUACCUA